CAUUAACAUUAAAUGCUUGAUGGAAUUGCAUCCCAUGAAGUGCGGCAGCAUCACGUUUUCAACGAAACACAACAGACUGAUACUUGCUGUUACAGCUCGACAACUGGCUUCUGUAGCUCAGUUGGUUCGAAUGCUGCACAAGAAUUUUGGGGCCAAUGGUUCGAUUCCAGCCAGAGAGCUAGUAUUCGCAACCGUUCCUAGUUAGGUCCAGUGUGUAUAUAAUAGUGUAUAUAUAUAUAUAUAUAUAUAUAUGCUCACUUGGAUUAUCUACCAAACCCAGCAUUCAUCAACCAACAUUAUACUUAAACGCAUUAAUAAUUGGUCUCCUAAAAUGUUGAGGAUACCUAGUCAUCGUAUAGUUCUGGAUAGUUGCUGUGUAUUUAUGUACAGUAGCGUGCCUGAUGGAAAAUCGAUUAAAUUAACAGCACAAACGCGACUCUCAUUACAAUUGGGCAUAACAUACACGUCAAAUCUCUCUUGGUCAAAACAUAUUUUAAGUAUAGAAAAACACAUUGUGACGUAGGCUGCCUAAAUAAAAAUUGAUUGAUUGAAAAUAUAAGCUUGGUAGGUCAACAGUGAUAUGUUUAUAUAAAUGUCUCAUUCGACCUUUAAUGGAAUAUCCAGAUAUUAUAUGGGAUGUACUUUUGAGGAAGCGAAUAUUUUAGAAGGAAUAGAAAUCAGCAGAUAUAGGAAUAGUUUAUUGGAAGAAUUCUGUUGGGAGGAUUUAAAAACUAGGGGGCAUAUUCAUAAAUUAUCUUUGAACGUAAACAUAGAUAUCUUAUAUACACUAGAUAGCGCAUCUCUUUUAGUAAAAUUGAAGCAAAGAAUAUUCCAGCGGUUACCCCCAUUUGAAUAGAUGGCGGGCCAUGUUGGUCGUUCCCACUUGCUAAUGAACGCUUAAAAACAACAAUAACUUUCAUUAUUUGAAUAGUUUAAAAACGUGUUUGGAAUAGGGUUAACUUAAUGUUUAAGAAAUGGAAUACAUACGAAUCUUCUCAUUUCAUGGGAACGACCUGAGACUGCAAUCACGGCUUCAAUUUUUGAAUUGCAGAAUAAUUAGUUGCACUAUAUAGUGUAUAUAAGAUAUCUGUGAACGUAAAGUACAGCACCAUAGAACAAAGAUCCAUAUAGAAGGGCCACUUACGUCGGAAGCUUUGAAGUUUCUGUCCUCGCGCAUGUCGCAUUACGCAUGUUGGCCGCCAUUUUCCUAGCCAGUCAAUGACAUUUUCUGGCCAAUAAACACGCUGUACUGGCUGGCUGCUCCGCCUUCUGGCCAGUAAACUGCAUAUUUUUGCAUAAAAAAACGAGGACACGUUGCACCGCUGAGUGGCCCUUCUGUUACUUAUCUUUAUUCUGUGACAACACAUCAUCGGUUUUAAUACACUCUUAUAAAAAAGGGCUGUUUUGAGAAAUUUUGAGAACUGUUCUUCGAUGCUAUAUUAUAAUAUAGCAUUUGUAAAUUCUGAACGCUGAUGGGAUUUUUUUCUAUCUUUGUACACGCCCCUCGUGGAAAUCAGCUUCGGUUGAACGGCGUCAUCGUGUAUAAAUAAAGUUUUUAUCUAUCUCUAUCUCUAACCGUACUGAUGCGGAUUAUCCGGACGUAGACGUAUGAUGCGGAUCAUUGUCUCAUGGAUUAACUUCCAGCGGAGAAAACUAGACUAUUAGGAAACCGUGGGUAUAUUCUCCCACGUGUUUAAAGGAGUUUUAUAAAUAGAUGUCUCUUCGAUUUACUUUAGUGCUGUGUGUUUUUAUGCGCUUGACUAUCUUGUAAACGCGUUUGUUGCGCAGUACGUUGUACUGAAGACUAUACCACAACUCUUGACAAUCUUCGUAAAUAAAUUCGACACAAUCUCCCUUGAUGAGCAACGCUCUUGGAGAGAAUGUCAAAAUAUGUUUAAAUAUAAAAACCUCCGUGUGAUUGAAAGCUGAUCGCAUUAAAAACUCUCCAGUGGUUUAAGGGUUGGAUCCUCUGGUUUUCCUUGUUCAAUAGAGAUCAACCCUUAAACCUUUGUUGUCGAGCACCUGUCUCAUGAAUGUCGAGUGAUUUUGUGUAGUUGUCAAUAAAUAAACAUUUAUCAUUACUGUUUUUAGAUUCACCGGCAACUUUCACACCUGUCAUUCAAUUCAAUCCACUAAGCGGUAAGUAUGUUGCCUUCAAGUUUGCGCGCCAGAAAAUAUCAACCAUAUUUCUGCUCGCAAACUAUCGCGAAUACCUUUCAAGACCAGCUCGUGAGUUUUACACACACCUCUGAAAAUAUAUGCAACAGUGCGCUAUUUUUAACCUAGGUAACGCGACUGUUAUUGAGAACGGAUAUGAAACACAACCUGUCCAAAAGCAAAGCAAAGAUACUGGUGCCACUGGUACGUGUAAAUAGAUUUUUCCACGUUUACAAAGACGCUCUAAACAUAAAUUUCAAAUUUGCCUUCAAAUUUGCGCGCCAAUCAUAUUUCUGCUCGUAAACUACCAGGAAUGCAUUUCAAGACCAGUCCAUGAGUUUUACCCACACCUCUGAAACACAUACAUACAUACACACACAGGGACGCCGGAACGAUAAAAAGGCAAAGGGGGGCAAACGCACACCAAAGGGGCACCUCUAUAGAUCCCGGUGAAGAUAUAAACCUCAAUAAUAUGUUGACUUGCCAAUGAAAGCAAACGCACUUAAUCAGGUCACAUUCAAGAUCACACCUCAUGAUUUUGCCCAAAAAGCAUCACUGGAAUGUGAUUUAUCAGGUAGUAUUUUACAACUCAAAGGGCACUUCUGCCCCCCCCCCUUGCCCCUCCUAGCUGAAGGCAAGAGGGGCAGCUGCCCCCCCCCCCCCCUCCCCAGUUCCGGCGUCCCUGUACACACACCUCUGAAAAUAACGAACAGUGCGCUAUUUUUAACCUAGAUAACGCGACUGCUAUGGAGAAUGGACAUGAAAUACACCCGGUCCAAAAGCAAAGCAAAGCUGCUGGUGUUACUGGUGCGUGUUUCUUACUAAAUAGAUUUCUCGACGUUUACAAACUCUAAACGUAAUUCUUAGAUCUACAUAUUGAAUAUACACUAACAAGUUGUUUUGUCUUUUAGGUUUUAAUAAUCAAGCUUUUGCACCAGUCACACCCACAGCACCACCUCCCGAGGCCUGUAACGGUAGGUUCCCUUCGCGACACAGCGCAUGUUUCGAACAGUUUAGAACUGAUAUUCAGCAUAAAUAAAGUUAGUUUAGUUUAGGUUUCCUCCUGUAGUAACACUGAUCAAUAAGAGAUGAUCCUUACUGGACCUCUAGGAAGAACAGUUUAGAACUGAUAGAGCUAUUCAGCAUAAAUAAAGUUAGUUUAGUUUAGGUUUCCUCCUGUAGUAACACUGGCUCAAUAAGAGAUGACUCUUACUGGACCUCUAGGAAGAACAGUUUAGAACUGAUAGAGCUAUUCAGCAUAAAUAAAGUUAGUUUAGUUUAGGGGUUUCCUCCUGUAAUAACACUGAAUCAAUAAGAGAUUAUCCUUACUGGACCUCUAGGAAGAACAGUUUAGAACUGAUAGAGCUAUCCAGUAUAAAUAAAGUUAGUUUAGUUUAAGUUUCCUCCUGUAGUAACACUGAAUCAAUAAGAGAUGAUCAUUACUGGACUUCUAGGAAGAACAGUUUAGAACUGAUAGAGCUAUCCAGUAUAAAUAAAGUGACUUUAGUUUAGGUUUCCUCCUGUAGUAACACUGGAUCAAUAAGAGAUGAUCCUUACUGGACCUCUAGGAAGAACAGUUUAGAACUGAUAGAGCUAUUCAGUUUUCUUAGAACUGGUAGAGUUAUUAAUUCUACAACAGUUCAUUUAGUUUGGUUAUUUUUCAAUUUUUAAAGAAGACGAGUAUGUGGUACCAAACUACCCCCGUGGCCCUGCAGGUAAUGGUAGAUUACCAUCAGUCGAAACAAGUGGUAAGUGAGCUGUGUUUUCUUCGCUAGCGGAAAGUAUCACAACAGAGGAAGGUGUGCUAACCAGAUUACACUACUACAAAAACCCAUUAGGGUGCAUUGCGCCAAAAUGCGCCCAUUUUACUCUGUCUAAUGCCAGACGAUGUUACUUGUCCAGGAGGAAAGCAAUGGGUUAAUUUUAAACGAGUCAAUUUACAAAACAUUUUGUUUUUUCCCCCAGAAAGAGCACUUCCAGCAAUAAAAAAUAAACCACGGCUUCCUAGUAUUGCAAAUAAAAAAAGUAAGUCAGCUAUAUUAAGAACAAAUAGGUCAUGCAGAAAUAGUACAUGUUCUUGAAUGUGGGCUACCUUAAAGUGAUCUGAUGGUGUACAGAACUCACUGCUGAGUUAAGCAUGGUUAGAUCAUACAGAGGUAGUAGAUGUUCUUGAAUGUGAGCUACCUUAAAGUGAUCUGAUGUUGUACAGAACUCACUGCUGAGUUAAGCAUGGUUAGAUCAUGCAGAGGUAGUACGUGUUCUUGAAUGUGAGCUAUCUUAAAGUGAUCUGAUGUUAUACAGAACUCACUGCUGAGUUAAGCAUGGUUAGAUGAUACAGAGGUAGUACAUGUUCUUGAAUGUGGGCUAUCUUAAAGUGAUCUGAUGUUGUACAGAACUCACUGCUGAGUUAAGCAUGGUUAGAUCAUACAGAGGUAGUACAUGUUCUUGAAUGUGAGCUACCUUAAAGUGAUCUGAUGUUGUACAGAACUCACUGCUGAGUUAAGCAUGGUUAGAUCAUACAGAGGUUGUACAUGUUCUUGAAUGUGAGCUACCUUAAAGUGAUCUGAUGUUGUACAGAACUCACUGCUGAGUUAAGCAUGGUUAGAUCAUACAGAGGUAGUACAUGUUCUUGAAUGUGAGCUACCUUAAAGUGAUCUGAUGUUAUACAGAACUCACUGCCAAGUUAAGCAUGACUAGAUCAUACAGAGGUAGUACAUGUUCUUGAAUGUGGGCUACCUUAAAGUGAUCUGAUGUUGUACAGAACUCACUGCUGAGUUAAGCAUGGUUAGAUCAUGCAGAGGUAGUACAUGUUCUUGAAUGUGAGCUACCUUAAAGUGAUGUGAUGUUGUACAGAACUCACUGCCAAGUUAAGCAUGACUAGAUCAUGCAGAGGUAGUACAUGUUCUUGAAUGUGGGCUACCUUAAAGUGAUCUGAUGUUGUACAGAACUCACUGCUGAGUUAAGCAUGGUUAGAUCAUACAGAGGUAGUACAUGUUCUUGAAUGUGAGCUAUCUUAAAGUGAUCUGAUGUUGUACAGAACUCACUGCUGAGUUAAGCAUGGUUAGAUCAUACAGAGGUAGUACAUGUUCUUGAAUGUGGGCUACCUUAAAGUGAUCUGAUGUUGUACAGAACUCACUGCUGAGUUAAGCAUGGUUAGAUCAUAUAGAGGUAGUACGUGUUCUUGAAUGUGAGCUACCUAAAGUGAUCUGAUGUUGUACAGAACUCGCUGCCGAGUUAAACAUGACUAGAUCAUACAGAGGUAGUACAUGUUCCCUACCAAUGCAUGACUUUUGUAUAGCAUGAGAAUAUGAGAUAAUUUCGUAACUAACAUAAACUUACUUCCAUUUUCAGAACGUGCUCCAAACUUGGAAAAAGGAGAAGAUGCUUACGAAAACGUAACUUAGUUUAAAGAGAAGCACUUUUCACAAAAGACAAAGAUUGACCUUUGCUGGAUUAAAACAUUACAUACGCGGCGAUUAAAAAGAGGUUAUGAACAACAUGGAUGUAUAUUCGAUCAUUAAUUAUAAUAGAAGUAAUAAUAUUAUAAGUAAUCAUUUUCAUUGACAUUAUUUAAAUCAUGGGCCAAUAUUAUCAGUAAUGUUUCCAGGUUUGUCCACCUUUGGGAAACAUGGCUAGGAAACAAUGUUUCCAGGUUUGUUCACCUUUGGGAAACAUGGCUAGGAAACAAUGUUUCCAGGUUUGUCCACCUUUGGGAAACAUGGCUAGGAAACAAUGUUUCCAGGUUUGUCCACCUUUGGGAAACAUGGCUAUAGGAAUCAAGAUCUAGAGCUUUGAAAACGAAAGUGUAAAAUAUGUGCCAUUUUAGAUUUUAUACACGACGUUUGUAAAUUGAUGUUAGAUUAAAAAAAAAUAUAGAUUUUCAUACUGUA